CCACUCGGGCAGACGUUAGGCCGCGCGCUUAUUGGCUGGCUCGUCCCAGCGCCCGGGGAACGGUUUGCGGCCUAGCGUGCCGCGCAGGCGCAGAAGGCCCGAGGCUCUGAGGGGGGCCUGUCGCCGUCGCCGCCGCCGCCGCCCGUCCUGAGGGGAAGGAGCACCGAGGAGCCGCCGCCGAAGACCUGGAGGACCCCGCCGCCAUCAUGAGCGUGGAGGCGUACGGGCCCAGCUCCCAGACGCUGACUUUCCUGGACACCGAGGAGGCCGAGCUGCUGGGCGCCGACACGCAGGGCUCCGAGUUCGAGUUCACCGACUUCACCUUGCCCAGCCAGACCCAGACGCCGCCCGGGGGAGGCUCCGCAGGCGGCGGAGGAGGCGGCGGAGGCGCGCCGGGAAACCCGGGAGCCCCAGGAGGAGGAGGAGGAGGGCCCGGCGGGCCGCCCCAUGUCGUGGCGCCGGGGCAGCUGGACGCCCAGGUCAACGGGCCUGACGGCAUCCUCCAAAAUGGGGCGGUGGACGAUAGCAUGCCGAAGACCAGCCAGCUCCUUGCAGAGCUCAAUUUUGAGGAAGAUGAGGAAGACACUUACUACACCAAGGACCUGCCUGUGCACGCCUGCAGCUACUGCGGCAUCCAUGACCCAGCUUGUGUUGUCUACUGUAACACCAGCAAGAAGUGGUUCUGCAAUGGACGUGGGAAUACAUCCGGCAGCCACAUCGUGAACCACCUUGUGAGGGCGAAAUGCAAAGAAGUGACGCUUCACAAGGACGGCCCUCUGGGCGAGACGGUCUUGGAGUGCUACAACUGCGGCUGUCGCAAUGUGUUCCUCCUGGGCUUCAUCCCCGCCAAGGCGGACUCGGUGGUCGUCUUGCUGUGCAGGCAGCCGUGUGCCAGUCAGAGCAGCUUAAAAGAUAUCAACUGGGACAGCUCGCAGUGGCAGCCUUUGAUCCAAGACCGCUGCUUCCUGUCGUGGCUGGUCAAAAUUCCUUCUGAGCAGGAGCAGCUGAGAGCGCGGCAGAUCACCGCUCAGCAAAUUAACAAGCUGGAAGAACUCUGGAAGGAGAACCCAUCCGCCACCCUGGAGGACUUGGAGAAACCCGGCGUAGACGAAGAGCCGCAGCACGUCCUCCUCCGAUACGAGGAUGCGUAUCAGUACCAAAACAUCUUUGGGCCUCUGGUCAAGCUUGAGGCAGACUAUGACAAGAAGCUGAAGGAAUCCCAGACCCAAGACAACAUCACCGUGAGGUGGGAUCUAGGCUUGAACAAGAAAAGGAUUGCCUACUUCACCUUGCCAAAGACUGAUUCAGAUAUGCGCCUGAUGCAGGGCGACGAGAUCUGCCUGAGAUACAAAGGGGACCUGGCCCCGCUGUGGAAAGGAAUCGGCCAUGUCAUCAAGGUUCCUGAUAAAGAUUACGGUGACGAAAUUGCGAUCGAGCUGAGGAGCAGCGUGGGUGCUCCUGUGGAAGUGACCCAUAACUUCCAGGUGGACUUUGUGUGGAAAUCGACGUCCUUUGACAGAAUGCAGAGCGCCCUCAAGACGUUCGCCGUGGAUGAAACCUCUGUGUCUGGCUACAUCUAUCACAAGCUUUUGGGUCACGAGGUGGAGGAUGUCAUUAUCAAAUGUCAGCUACCAAAGCGCUUCACGGCACAAGGACUUCCUGACCUCAACCAUUCUCAGGUGUAUGCGGUGAAGACCGUCUUGCAACGCCCCUUGAGCCUUAUCCAGGGCCCCCCGGGGACGGGCAAAACCGUGACGUCGGCCACCAUUGUGUACCACCUGGCUCGGCAAGGAAACGGGCCCGUGCUGGUCUGUGCCCCGAGUAACAUUGCCGUGGACCAGCUGACCGAGAAGAUUCACCAGACGGGGCUGAAAGUGGUGCGUCUGUGCGCGAAGAGCCGCGAGGCCAUCGACUCGCCCGUCUCUUUCUUGGCGCUGCACAACCAGAUCAGGAACAUGGACAGUAUGCCUGAGCUCCAGAAACUGCAGCAGCUGAAAGACGAAACCGGGGAGCUGUCGUCUGCAGACGAAAAACGCUACCGGGCGCUGAAACGGACAGCUGAGCGGGAAUUGCUGAUGAACGCCGAUGUCAUUUGCUGCACGUGCGUGGGAGCUGGCGAUCCGAGGCUCGCAAAAAUGCAAUUCCGCUCCAUUUUGAUCGAUGAAAGCACGCAGGCGACCGAGCCCGAGUGUAUGGUGCCCGUUGUUCUGGGGGCAAAGCAGCUGAUCCUGGUGGGCGACCAUUGCCAGCUGGGCCCCGUCGUGAUGUGCAAGAAGGCGGCCAAGGCCGGCCUCUCCCAGUCUCUCUUCGAGCGGCUGGUGGUGCUGGGGAUCCGGCCGAUCCGCCUGCAAGUGCAGUACCGCAUGCAUCCGGCCCUGAGCGCUUUCCCUUCCAACAUCUUCUACGAGGGGUCUCUCCAGAACGGCGUCACCGCAGCGGACCGUGUGAAGAAGGGAUUUGACUUCCAGUGGCCCCAGCCGGACAAGCCCAUGUUUUUCUACGUGACCCAAGGGCAAGAAGAAAUUGCCAGUUCCGGCACGUCCUACUUGAACAGAACAGAGGCUGCAAAUGUGGAGAAGAUCACCACCAAGCUGCUGAAGGCGGGCGCCAAACCGGAUCAGAUUGGGAUCAUCACUCCCUACGAGGGACAGCGCUCCUACCUGGUGCAGUACAUGCAGUUCAGCGGCUCUUUGCACACGAAGCUCUACCAGGAAGUGGAAAUUGCCAGCGUUGACGCUUUCCAAGGACGAGAGAAAGACUUCAUUAUCCUGUCCUGUGUCAGAGCCAACGAACACCAAGGGAUUGGCUUUCUGAACGACCCACGGCGUCUCAACGUAGCUCUAACCAGAGCAAGGUACGGCGUCAUUAUCGUCGGGAACCCGAAGGCGCUCUCCAAGCAGCCCCUGUGGAACCACCUCCUGAACUACUACAAGGAGCAGAAGGUGCUGGUGGAAGGACCCCUGAACAACCUCCGCGAGAGUCUCAUGCAAUUCAGCAAGCCUCGGAAGCUGGUCAACACCAUCAACCCUGGAGCCCGGUUCAUGACCACCGCUAUGUAUGAUGCCCGUGAAGCUAUUAUCCCUGGAUCGGUAUAUGACCGCAGCAGCCAAGGCCGGCCCUCCAACAUGUAUUUCCAAACCCACGAUCAGAUCGGGAUGAUCAGCGCCGGGCCCAGCCACGUCACCGCCAUGAACAUUCCCAUCCCCUUCAACUUGGUGAUGCCUCCCAUGCCGCCCCCGGGGUAUUUCGGACAGGCCAACGGGCCGGCUGCCGGACGCGGCAACCUGAAAGGCAAGACCGGCCGCGGCGGGCGCCAGAAGAACCGUUUCGGGAUGCCGGGGGCCAGCCAGUCGAACCUGCCCAACAGCCAGGCCAGCCAGGACGUGGUCUCCCAGCCGUUCUCCCAGGGCCCGCUGACUCAAGGCUACAUCUCCAUGAGCCAGCCGUCUCAGAUGAGCCAGCCGGGCCUCUCCCAGCCUGAACUCUCGCAGGACAGUUAUCUUGGGGACGAGUUUAAAUCUCAGAUCGACGUGGCCCUGUCACAGGAUUCGACUUACCAGGGGGAACGCGCGUAUCAACACGGAGUGACGGGACUGUCACAGUAUUAGAGCGCUGAAGGAGAUGAGCUAAGCUUGUGUGGAGCUUAGUUCAACAGCAUUUUAUUCUGGGUAAUAAAAAUAAAAUAAAACGGAUACCUGUUUUCCACUGCUAAAACUGAAGCAACUCUGUGAGAGCAACAGGAGAGAGAGGUAGAGAAAGAGAACGAAACCAUCAGAGAGGAGGAAGAGGAAGAGAGAGCGCACGAGAGAGAGAGAGAAAAAGAGAGAGAGCGAAAGAGAGCCCACUGCUAGCUCACUGAGACAAGGAGACUGACCGGAGAGGAGAGAAGAGAGCACUGGAGGACCGACCAGCCACCUCGCUGUGGGGGGGAGCCAAGCCGCCCCGGAAGAACUGAGUGGUCAGCGGAGUUCCCUUCCCCCCCCCUUCCGCCGUUAAACACAGAGAGAGAAAGCGAGAGAGAGAGAAGGGCCUUUGAAGCAAGAUUCACUUCAUUCUGUUCUUCUCGUUGCCAGCAGGGCUUCACUUUGCAGAGCAGGGCGGGGAGAGGAAAAAAAAAUACCCAUCUCAGAGUUGUUGGUGUACCAUUCUCUCUUUUUCGUUUUUCCUUUUUUUAAAAAAGAAAAAGAAAAAAGUGGCGUGUUGGCAUAUUUAGGAGCGAGCGCCUCAUCCGGGAGGAAUGAAUUCCUCCGAGCUUGUUGGGAAGCCGGUCGGCCGGUACCCGGACUCGGAGAUCCGCGGUUUUUGCUGUCCAGAAUCCAGCUUGGCAUCACCCACGUUCCGAACGGGCUUCUUGCGACAAGACGAGGCGGUUCCUUUCUUCUUCUUCUUCUUUUUUCCUUUUUAAAAAGAGAGAGCCUUUCAGAAAAAGCAAAAAAAAAAAAGCACUGGAUAUUUUUUUAGGAGUUUGUCUCUGGAAUAUUAGUCGUGGGGUGGGCGGGAAUCCUUGUUCUGAGAAGCUUAAAAAAAAAUUAUAUUAUAUAAAAGUUUAAUGCCUGAAUUAGCGCGCCAGUGGUUUCAAGAUCUUUUCAGCAUGAUUUCAGUCCGUCGGCCUCUUCUUCCAAGGGAGGAGAGCGUUUAGCCAGGGAGCCGGGGGGCACCCUGGGGCCCAGACGGAGGAGGGUGAAAAACCGAUUGUCUGCUUUAAUCGGCUACUGCCUGGGCUUGGCUCUGUAUGUUUUUUUUGGUUUUUUCCCCCCUCCACCACGUUUUCUGUAAGACAUGCCAUUUGCUUCACAAAAGGGAGACCGGGUAUCUGUGUCCUCCAUCCCCAGAGGGAAGAGGACCCUGGGGUUGGGCCUGCCCUUUAUUAACUCCCACCGAUACUGGGGAAACAGUCGUGGAAGCUGGGAAUUAUAUUGGGUUUGAAGUUCAGACUCUCUCAAGAGACACUUGAGGGGCAGGUUCAGGAGGGAGCCAGGUCGGCAGGUGUUGGAAGGUGGCCGCCGAUAGGGGUGUGGGUGUAAUUCUUGCAGGGUGCGUUGUUUUCAUUGUGAGUUCUCUAUCCAGCAGGGAAUAGGGGGGGUGGAAUGAAUUGACUACCAGAGAUUUAAAAGCAGGUGGGGACAGGACAUCCGUUCGGCGGGCUUCUUUGGACUCCCGCUUGGAGUCGGAUUGGGAAAGGGCACUUUCCAACACCCCCCCGUCCAUCGUGCUAGCAGCAGGAAGCGUUUCUAUCCGCAUCAAAAACUUACGGGGGGAACCAAUGCCUGUUCCCCUGUUCUUCGUUGGGUUUUUUUUCCCCCCUUCCCCCUGCGAUGAUUCCCUUGACAUGCAUUGCGUGCCCUUUCCCCUCUAAUUGAGACAGUCGUGGUUUUUAAAAGCUGAUGAAUUAAGUUAGCCUUUUUCUGAUCAAAGGGCUCUGAGCAUUUGUUUUAAUUUCCUGCCUGCGUGUGGAGGAGGAACUUAAGGUAACUCACAUGAAUGUACUUAAGAGGACCCCUUGCUUUUGCGUUUUUUUCUUUUCUUUUCCCCCCUUUCAGGAUUUCAAAAUCAGCCCCGUUCCUUCUCUCUUCCCGCCCUCUGCCCAUCACUGUUCCGCAAGAAAUGUACUAGAUCUCUUUUAACCCCCUCCUAGAACCUGCCAGGCCUCCACUUUACUUAAAUGGGGAGGGGGGGCGUAAGCCCGUGGAAGGAGAACCUCUCGCCAUUCCCAUUCAAACUUCUCCAGAGUUCAGACGGCCUGCCGUGUGUAAAGGAAAAAGGGGAGGCAGGCCACCUUCCUGCCUGGAAGACGGACUUUUAUUUAUUCAGACUAGCCGAGGGGCUGUUCCCCGUUGGGUAGGGCUGCGUGGCUGCAUAGGUUUCUGAGCUAGACUUUUAAGUGCUAACCCCCAUUUAUUUUUGUGUGCAAUUGCAAUCCACCGAGUAAUGUAGCUUCCUCCUCCCUGAUUCCUGUCUACCCCUUCCUCAUAUUUCACUGGCUAAUGCCGCUUGCCUCUGCUUUUGUGCUGGGUUACUUUUCCCCCCCUCCCCUUUGUAGCAGUUAUAAAAUCCUGAGUUUUUAUAUAAAACCCACCCAAACAUCAGUGCUAGCACGGUGUUAAGGCUCCUUUGAUUUCUCCCCCGCCCCCCCUUGUCUGUUUAUUUUAAAACCUGUUUGUCAUCAAAUUAAUAAAGAGCUCUUGCAUUCAA